UUCGGCCUCAACGCCCAACCGCCGUCUUGUCAGAAGGCAAGCAUAUUCAGAAGAACUCCAUCUCGCGCCUCGAGGAACAUCGCCAGCCGGCGAUGCCACGCGCGAAAGGUCAAAUGCUCGGGGAGGACCCCGUGCGAUUCAUGUCAACAGGCGACUAAACCGGUCGAAUGCGUGUAUUCCCGCAAGAGUCGCCUUAUCAAAGUCAGCGAGCAUCUCGUCGCUGAAGCCUCAGACUCGGCUUUUGCGUCCCGGUUCCGCCAAGCCAUGGCCCAAUCCGGUCAUGACCAUAUCCCCCGAGUCAGCUUUCCCAGCGACGAGCAGCUUCUUGCCUGGUCGGAAACUGAGUGUCCCUGGCCCGCGCCUCUCUCGCGUUCGUCUGCUCGCCUAAGCGGCUUUGAAUGGCCUCGGCCGCUGCUACCACAUCGUCAGGCGCAGUUCGACCCUGCAAGAGCUGGACAGCGCCUCUCUCGGCGUCUUGCACAAAAGCAAACUCUGGGCUCUGUUUGCGAUAGUCUUGCCGGCUCUGCCAUUCGUCUUGCCAUCAUCAUGGGCCUCAAUCCCAAUAUCCCCGAAUCCCAAUUGUCCGACGCGGGCGAACGCGAACACCGCGAACGCAUCUUCAGGACAGCGUACACCUUUGACCGCAUGUGGACGGCAAAGCUUGAUUAUCCUUGCACCAUUUCUGACGAUGAGAUUGAGGCGUUCUCGGAUCUUCGACGCUGGCUGGAAGACCUCCCAUCAUCCUUGCGCCUGCCUACGUGCAGCGAAGGGGACUGGGACCCUAAGGCGCGGUGUCUCCAUCAUCUCUUCAACCAGUUGGACAAACGGCUCCUUUCUGGUCUUCGAUUUUUUCUACACCCAGUAUCUAUUCUCAGCUACUACCGUCUUAGCAAUUUCCACCUUACUCCACGGAAAGACCGCCAGAGCGACGAAGAGCAGUUCGAAGUAGCGGUCAGCUUCCUGGUACAGCUGCAGGGUAAUGGCAACUACGCCGCUGCCGAAUUCCAUAAACACAUCGAGGCCACUACUGACCUCAUGCACUCCACAAAAGUCCGCCUAGGCGUCCAAUCCGCAAGUGAAAAUGCCACAGCGCCACAAGAUUCUGCCUAUAAUUCAAUUCUGGAUGCAGCAAUCACUGAGUGUCGUCUACAUCCACGGAUGUGUCACUCGGGACGGCGCUCUUCUAUCAUUUCUUGCAAGGGCUCCUGGAACAGCCCCCUCUCGACCUGGAAUUCAUUGAUUCGUCUAUAUACCUGGAUGACCAGCAGGGGUUUCACUGGCCAGAUGAAUGCUCCGAAGUGUUACCACAUGAGCAUCGGCAGGGGACAAGUUGGUCACAUGCGCCAUCUGGCAUACAUGUACCAAGUAUACCAGGGGAUCCCCUGCGCUACAGGGCUUAUUUAUAUUACGAGUGCAGCAAUCCCUGAGACUGCUCUCAUCCCCAAUCUCCGCACUGAAGUAGUAGACUCCGUCAUAAAGGACGACAGGACAGCCUGUCUGUUUCCUAGAACGGAUAAUGACGGCCGGUGGACUAAGCCGCAGUCCAGUGCAUGA